AGCCGGAGCCGGUGCCGGUGCGGGCGGAGCCCCCGGGGUCAUUUUCCCCCGGAGCCCCCGCGCUACCGGUGCCGGUGCUCCCCGCCGGUGCCGCAUCCCCUCCGGAGCCCUCCCGGUGCCGGCGCCGUUCUCCCCCCCGGUCAUGCCCCCCCGGCGCGUCUUGGCGGAGAUCGUGGCGCUCGGAGCCGGGGUCGGCGGCGAUGGCGGAGGAGAGCUCGAGCGGCAGCAGCGGCUCGCCUGGCGCCGGGGACACGCUGCCCUGGAACCUGGGCAAGCACCAGCGCUCCCAGCGCGCCAAGGCGGCCGCGGGCAACGGGACGGUGCUGGACCCCGCCGAGAGAGCCGUCAUCCGCAUCGCAGAUGAGCGAGAUCGUGUCCAGAAGAAAACCUUCACCAAAUGGGUCAACAAGCACCUUAUCAAGCACUGGCGACCAGAGGCGCAGCGCCAUGUCAACGACCUGUACGAGGACCUGCGGGACGGGCACAACCUCAUCUCGCUGCUGGAGGUGCUGUCGGGUGACACCCUGCCCCGGGAGCGCGACGUCCUGCGGACCUUGCGGUUGCCCCGGGAGAAGGGCCGGAUGCGCUUCCACAAGCUGCAGAAUGUCCAGAUUGCCCUCAACUACCUGAAGCACCGGCAGGUGAAGCUGGUGAACAUCCGCAACGAUGACAUCGCCGACGGCAACCCCAAACUGACGCUGGGGCUCAUCUGGACCAUCAUCCUGCACUUCCAGAUCUCAGACAUCCAGGUGACCGGGCAGUCGGAGGACAUGACAGCCAAGGAGAAGCUGCUGCUGUGGUCCCAGCGGAUGGUGGAGGAUUACCAGGGCCUGCGCUGCGACAACUUCACCACCAGCUGGCGGGACGGGCGCCUCUUCAACGCCAUCAUCCACCGGCACAGGCCAAUGCUGAUCGACAUGAGCCGGGUGUACCGCCAGAACAACCUGGAGAACCUGGACCAGGCCUUCACCGUGGCCGAGCGGGAACUGGGGGUGACGCGGCUGCUGGACCCCGAAGACGUGGACGUGGCGCAGCCCGACGAGAAGUCCAUCAUCACCUACGUGUCCUCGCUGUACGACGCCAUGCCGCGCGUGCCCGAGGUGCAGGACGGCGUCAAGGCCAACGAGCUGCAGCUGCGCUGGCAGGAGUACUACGAGGUGGUGACGGGGCUGCUGCAGUGGAGCCGGCAGCACUCGGCGCUCUUCGAGGAGCGGCGCCUCCCUGCCAGCUACGAGGAGAUCGAGAUCCUCUGGCGCCAGUUCCUCAAGUUCAAGGAGACGGAGCUGCCGGCUCGGGAGGCCGACAAGAACCGCUCCAAAGCCAUCUUCCAGGCGCUGGAGGGCGCAGUGCAGUCGGGCCAGCUGAAGGUGCCCCCCGGGUACCACCCCCUGGACGUGGAGAAGGAGUGGGGGCGGCUGCACGUGGCCGUGCUGGAGCGGGAGAAGCUGCUGCGGGCUGAGUUUGAGAGGCGAGUUCGGGGGGGCCGGGGGGCCGGGCAGGGCCGCGCUGGCAUCCACAACCCCCUGCCGCUGCCAAACCGCGGGGCUGGGCCCGGGCUGGAGCGGCUGCAGCGCGUGGUCACCAAGCUGCAGAUGGAGUCGGGGCUCUGUGAGGAGCAGCUGAACCAGGCGGAUGCUCUGCUGCAGGCGGACGUGCGGCUGCUGGCGGCCGGGAAGGCGCCGCAGAAGGCGGCAGAGGUGGAGAGGGACCUGGACAAGGCGGAUGCCAUGAUCCGGCUGCUCUUCAACGACGUGCAGACCCUCAAGGACGGGCGGCACCCGCAGGGCGAGCAGAUGUACCGUCGCGUGUACCGCCUGCACGAGCGCCUGGUGUCCAUCCGCACCGAGUACAACCUGCGGCUCAAGUCGGGGGCGCCGGUGACAGCGGUGACAUCCGUGGCGGUGACGGCGGCGCAGCAGCAGCGGCGGCCGGAGCCCGACGAUGCUCCCCUGCGAUACCUGCAGGAGCUGCUGGCCUGGGUGGAGGAGAACCAGCGGCGGGUGGCCACGGCCGAGUGGGGCGCCGACCUGCCCACUGUGGAGACGCACCUGGGCGCCCACCGCGGGCUGCACCGCGCCAUCGAGGAGUUCCGCGCCAAGGUGGAGCGGGCACGGGCUGAUGAGAGCCAGCUGUCCCCCGGCCCCAGCAGCGCCUACCGGGAGUGCCUGGGCAAGCUGGAGCUGCAGUACGCCAAGCUGCUGAACUCCUCCAAGUCGCGGCUGCGGCACCUGGAGAGCCUCCACGGCUUCGUCAGCGCCGCCACCAAGGAGCUGCUGUGGCUGAGCGAGCGCGAGGAGGAGGAGGUGGCCUUCGACUGGAGCCACAACAACCCUGCCAUGGCGGCCAAGAAGGAGAGUUACUCGGCGCUGAUGCGGGAGCUGGAGCUGCGGGAGCGGCGGAUCCAGGAGCUGCGGACCUCGGGGGAGCGGCUGCUGCGGGAGGAGCACCCUGGGGCACAGACCCUGGAGGCGUUCCUGGCGGCGCUGCAGACCCAGUGGAGCUGGAUGCUCCAGCUCUGCUGCUGCAUCGAGACCCACCUGAAGGAGAACACCAACUACUUCCAGUUCUUCGCCGAGGUGCGGGAGGCUGAGGAGCUGCUGCGCAAGACGGAGGAGACGAUGCGGCGCAAGUUCAGCUGCGACCGCGGCACCACGGCCACGCGCCUCGAGGACCUGCUGCAGGACCUGGCGGAGCAGAAGGAGCAGCUGGCGGAGCUGGGGGCGCAGCUGGGGGCUCUGUCCCGCCGUGCCAGGACCAUCGUGCAGCUGAAGCCACGCAGCCCCUCGACGCCUCUGCAGGGCCGGCCCCCCAUCCAGGCCGUGUGCGACUACAAGCAAAUGGAGGUGACCGUGCACAAGAACGACACCUGUGCCCUGGUGAACCACGCGCAGCCGCAGCAGUGGCGGGUGCUGAGCGCCGCUGGCAGCGAGGCCGUGGUCCCCUCGGUCUGCUUCCUCCUGCCACCCCCCAACAAGGAGGCUCUGGACGCCGUGCACAGGCUGGAGGCCACCCACCAGCAGCUGCUGGGGCUGUGGCAGCAGCUGCACCAGGACCUGCGCAGCCUCCGCGCCUGGCAGUACCUGAUGCGGGACAUCCAGCAGAUCCACUCCUGGACGCAGGUCACGUUCCGUACGCUGCCGGCUGAGGAGGUGCGCCAGGUGCUGUCCAGCCUGGAGAGGCACUACCAGGAGUUCCUGCGGGACAGCCAGGACUCGCAGAGCUUCCAGCCCGACGACCGGCUGCAGGUGGAGCGCGACUACAACGCCUGCACGCACAAGUACGAGCUGCUGCUGCGGAGCCAGGAGAAAGGAGAGCAGGACGAGUCUCUGUGCAAGAGCUACAUCUCGCAGCUGAAGGACAUCCGGCUGCAGCUGGAGAGCUGCGAGAGCCGCACUGUGCACCGCCUGCGCCUGCCCCUCAAGGCCGACCCCCUGCGCGAGUGCGCCCAGCGCCAGGCGGAGCAGCAGCAAACACACCUGGAGCUGGAGGGCAUCCAGAAGAACCUGGCCAAGGUCAGCGAGAAGACGGAGCAGGUGCUGGCACAGCCGGAGCAGGCGGGCUCGGCCCCCGUGCUGCGCUCCGAGCUGGAGGUCACACUGCGCAAGAUGGAGCAGGUCUACAGCCUGUCCAGCAUCUACCUGGAGAAGCUGAAGACCAUCGGGCUGGUGAUCCGGAGCACGCAGGGAGCUGAGGAGCUGCUCCGCAAGUAUGAGGAGCAGCUGAAGGACGUGCAGGCAGUGCCGGCCGACCUGGCUGAGCUGGAGGCCAGCAAGGCUGAGCUUAAGCGGCUGCGGGCACAGGCCGAGGGGCACCAGCCCUUCUUCAGCACGCUGGAGACCGACCUGGGCAAGGCCAAGGACGUCAACGAGCGCAUGGUGCGCGGGCACAGCGAGCGCGACGUGGACCUGGAGCGGUACCGGGAGCGGGUGCAGCAGCUGCUGGAGCGCUGGCAGGCCGUGCUGGGCCAGGCCGACCUGCGGCAGCGCGAGCUGGACCAGCUGGGCCGCCAGCUGGGCUACUACCGGCAGAGCUGCGACGCGCUGCGCCAGUGGAUCCGCGACGCCCGGCAGCGCCAGGAGGCCAUCCAGGCCGUGCCCAUCACUGACAGCCAGGCCGUGCGCGAGCAGCUGCUGCAAGAGAAGAAACUGCUGGAGGAGUGUGAACAGCACAAGGAGAAGGUGGAGGAGUGCCAGCGCUAUGCCAAGCAGUACAUUGACGCCAUCAAGGACUACGAGCUGCAGCUGGUGAGCUUCAAGGCACAGGUGGAGCCAGUGGCAUCGCCGGCCAAGAAGCCCAAAGUGCAGUCGGCAUCUGACAGCAUCAUCCAGGAGUACGUGGACCUGCGGACGCAGUACAGUGAGCUGACCACGCUCACCACCCAGUACAUCAAGUUCAUCACCGAGACACUGCGGCGGCUGGAGGACGAGGAGAAAGCCGCCGAGAAGCUGAAAGAGGAGGAGAGGAAGCGGCUGGCGGAGGUGGAGGCGCAGCUGGAGAAGCAGCGGCAGCUGGCCGAGGCCCACGCCAAAGCCAAGGCACAGGCGGAGGCGGAGGCACGGGAGCUGCAGCUCCGCAUGCAGGAGGAGGUCACCCGGCGGGAGGUGGUGGCCGUGGAUGCCGAGCAGCAGAAGCAGAACAUCCAGCAGGAGCUGAUGCAGCUGCGGCAGAACUCGGACCACCAGAUCAAGUCCAAGGUGAAGCUGAUCGAGGAGGCUGAAUACAACCGCAAGAAGGUGGAGGAGGAGAUCCGCCUCAUCCGCCUGCAGCUGGAGAGCACCGAGAAGCAGCGGGAGAGCGCAGAGACAGAGCUGCAGGAGCUGCGGGCACGUGCUGAAGAUGCCGAGCGGCAGAAGCGGCAGGCGCAGGAGGAGGCCGAGCGCCUGCGCCGGCAGGUGAAGGAGGAGAGCCAGAAGAAGCGCGAGGCGGAGGAGGAGCUGAAGCGCAAGGUGCAGGCUGAGCGCGAAGCGGCCCGGGAGAAGCAGAAGGCAGUGGCAGACCUGGAGCAGCUGCGGCUGCAGGCGGAGGAGGCUGAGCGACGCAUGCGGCAGGCAGAGGCCGAGAAGGACCGGCAGAUCCAGGUGGCCCAGGAGGUGGCCCAGCGCAGCGCUGAGGCUGAGCUGCAGAGCAAGAGGCUCUCUUUCGCCGAGAAGACAGCGCAGCUGGAGCUGUCGCUGCAGCAGGAGCACGAUGUGGUGGCCCAGCUGCAGGAGGAGGCCGAGCGGCUGAAGAAGCAGCAGCUGGAGGCCGAGCGCUCGCGGGAGGAGGCUGAGAAGGAGCUGGAGCGCUGGCGGCAGAAGGCCAACGAGGCGCUGCGCCUGCGGCUGCAGGCCGAAGAGGUGGCCCACAAGAAGUCACUGGCACAAGAAGAGGCCGAGAAGCAGAAGGAGGAUGCAGAGCGCGAGGCCCGCAAGCGCGCCAAAGCAGAGGAGGUGGCCGUGCGGCAGAAGGAGCUGGCGGAGGAAGAGCUGGAAAAGCAGCGGGAGCUGGCAGAGGGCACAGCCCAGCAGAAGCUGGCGGCGGAGCAGGAGCUGAUCCGGCUGAAGGCGGAGAUGGAUAACGGGGAGCAGCAGCGCCUGCUCCUGGAGGAAGAGCUCUCGCGGUUGAAGGGCGAGGUGAACGAGGCCAUCCAGAGGAGGAAAGAGCUGGAGGAGGAGCUGGCCAAGCUACGGGCAGAGAUGGAAGUCCUGCUGGAGAGCAAGGCCAAGACAGAGGAGGAGUCGCGCUCCAGCAGCGAGAAGUCCAAGCAGCGGCUGGAGGCGGAGGCCAACAAGCUGCGGGAGCUGGCCGAGGAGGCCGCCCGCCUGCGCGCCCUCUCUGAAGAGGCCAAGCGGCAGCGGCAGCUGGCAGAGGACGAGGCCACCCGGCAGCGGGCCGAGGCCGAGCGCAUCCUGAAGGAGAAGCUGGCGGCCAUCAACGAGGCCUCACGGCUGAAGGCGGAGGCGGAGAUUGCGCUGAAGGAGAAGGAGGCGGAGAACGAGCGGCUGCGGCGGCUGGCGGAGGAUGAGGCCUACCAGCGCAAGCUGCUGGAGGAGCAGGCGGCCCAACACAAGCAGGACAUCGAGGAGAAGAUUGCCCUGCUGAAGCGCUCCUCAGAGAGCGAGCUGGAGAGGCAGAAGGGGCUCGUGGAGGAUACGCUGCGGCAGCGGCGGCAGGUGGAGGAGGAGAUCCGCGCCCUCAAGGCCAGCUUCGAGAGGGCCUCAGCUGGCAAGAGCGAGCUGGAGCGGGAGCUGAACCGCAUCCGUGGGGAGGCAGAGGAGGUGCAGCGCAGCCGGGAGCAGGCGGAGCGGGAGGCCGAGCGGCAGCGGGCCCUGGCGCUGGAGGAGGAGGGCCGCCGGCGCGAGGCCGAAGAGAAGGUGCAGGCCAUCCUGGCGGCUGAGGAGGAGGCCGGGCGGCAGCGGCGGCUGGCCCUGGAGGAAGUGGAGCGGCUGCGGGCCAUGGUGGAGGAGGCGCGGCGGCAGAAGGAACUGGCAGAGAAGGAGUCAGAGCGGCAGAUCCAGCUGGCACGGGAAGCAGCGCAGAAGCGGAUUGAGGCCGAGGAGAAGGCGCACCUGGCUGCUGUGCAGCAGAAGGAGCAGGAGCUGCUGCAGACGCGCCAGCAGGAGCAGAGCCUCCUGGACCGGCUGCGCGAGGAGGCUGACCGGGCCCGACGGGCGGCCGAGGAGGCCGAGUUUGCCCGUGGCAAGGCCGAGCAGGACGCCAGCUUGUCCCGGCAGCGCGUGGAGGAGGCUGAGCGGCUGAAGCAGCGGGCAGAGGAGGAGGCGCAGGCCAAGGCACAGGCGCAGGCGGAUGCAGAGAAGCUGCGGAAGGAGGCUGAGCUGGAGGCAGCGAAACGGGCGCAGGCAGAGCAGGCGGCCCUGAGGCAGAAGCAGCUGGCCGAUGCCGAGAUGGAGAAGCACAAGAAGUUUGCCGAGCAGACACUGCGGCAGAAGGCGCAGGUGGAGCAGGAGCUGACCAAGGUGAAGUUGCAGCUGGAUGAGACAGACCACCAGAAGGGCAUCCUGGAUGAGGAGCUGCAGCGGCUGAAGGAGGAGGUGACAGACGCUGUCCGGCAGAAGGCCCAGGUGGAGGAGGAACUCUUCAAGGUCCGGGUGCAGAUGGAGGAGCUGGCCAAGCUGAAGAGCCGCAUUGAGGAGGAGAACAAGGCACUGAUCCUCAAGGACAAGGACAACACGCAGAAGUUCCUGGCGGAGGAGGCAGAGAAGAUGAAGCAGGUGGCAGAGGAGGUGGCCCGGCUGAGUGUGGAGGCGCAGGAGGCCGCCCGCAUGCGGCAGCUGGCUGAGGAUGACCUGGCGCAGCAGCGGGCGCUGGCAGAGAAGAUGCUGAAGGAGAAGAUGCAGGCAGUGCAGGAGGCCACGCGGCUGCGGGCCGAGGCUGAAAUGCUGCAGAAGCAGAAGGACUUGGCGCAGGAACACGCCAAGAAGCUGCAGGAGGACAAGGAGCAGAUGCAGCAGCGCCUGGCUGAGGAGACCGAGGGCUUCCAGAAGACGCUGGAGGCUGAGCGCCGGCGGCAGCUGGACAUCACGGCUGAGGCCGAGCGCCUCAAGCUGCAGGUGGCAGAGAUGAGCAUGGCCCAGGCCAAGGCUGAGGGGGAAGCCAAGCGGUUCAAAAAGCAGGCAGAGGAGAUCAGUGAGAGGCUGCAUGAGACUGAGCUGGCCACACAGGAGAAGAUGACGAUGGUGCACACCCUGGAGAUCCAGAGACACCAGAGCGAUGAGGAUGCCGAAAAGCUGCGGAAAGCCAUUGCUGACUUGGAGAAGGAGAAGGAGAAGCUGAAACAGGAGGCAGCGCUGCUGCAGCAGAAGGCAGAGGAGAUGCAGGUGGCCCAGCAGGCUCAGCUCCGUCAGGAGACGCAGCUCCUGCAGCAGAGCUUCCUGACGGAGAAAGAUGCCCUGCUGCAGAAGGAGAAGUUCAUUGAGGAGGAGAAAUCGAAGCUGGAGAAGCUCUUCAAGGAUGAGGUGAACAAAGCCCAGAACCUGAAGGCAGAGCAGGAGCGGCAGCAGCAGGAGAUGGAGCAGGAGAAGCAGCAGUUGAAAGCUAUGUUGGACGAAGCCAAGAAGCAUCAGAAGGAAGCUGAGGAAAACGUCCGGCACAAGCAGGAGGAGCUACAGCAGCUGGAGAAGCAGCGACAGCAGCAGGAGAAACUUCUGGAAGAAGAGAACCAGAAGCUGAGGGAGAGGCUCGAGCAGAUGCAGGAGGAGUACAAGGCUGCCCUGGCCCAGAGGCGGGAGAUCAUGAUCCAGACAGAUGACCUGCCUGGGGAGGCGGUUACAGCAACACAGCUGCUGGACGUCAAGGCUGUGCCCAAUGGCCGGGAUGCAAUGGACGGCUUAGCCCAGAAUGGGGAGCCGGAGUUCGCCUUUGACGGCAUCCGGCAGAAGGUGUCAGCAGAGAAGCUGGCUGAUGCCGGCAUUCUGAGCAGAGAGAACUUGGACAAGUUGGCAAAAGGUGUUGUGAGUGUGGACGAGCUCUCUCAGAGGGAGGAUGUCAAGAAGUACCUGCAGGGCAAGAGCAGCAUUGCCGGUUUGCUGAUCAAACCCUCCAACCAGAAGAUGAGCAUCUACGAAGCCAUGAAGAAGAAGCUGCUCAGCCCAGGCACAGCGCUGGUGCUCCUGGAGGCACAGGCUGCUUCUGGCUUCAUCAUUGACCCUGUGAGGAACGCAAGGCUCUCAGUGAACGAGGCGGUGCGAGAGGGAGUGAUCGGGCCUGAGCUGCACAACAAGAUGCUGUCGGCCGAGCGGGCUGUCACUGGCUAUAAGGAUCCAUACACAGGUGAUAAGAUCUCCCUGUUCCAGGCCAUGCAGAAGGAUCUCAUCGUCAGGGACCAUGGCAUCCGCCUGCUCGAGGCCCAGAUCGCCACCGGUGGCAUCAUCGAUCCUGUCAACAGCCACCGCCUGCCUGUGGAAGCCGCCUACAAGCGUGGCUACUUCGAUGAGGAGAUGAAUCGGGUCCUGUCUGACCCCACUGAUGACACCAAGGGCUUCUUCGACCCCAACACUCAGGAGAACCUCACCUACCUGCAGCUCAUGGAGCGGUGCGUGACUGACCCGGACACAGGGCUGUGCCUCCUGCCGCUCACUGACCAAGCAACCAAGGCCAGAGAGCUGGUCUACACUGACAAGGAGGCCAAGGACGUCUUCAAGAAGGCCACAGUGACAGCUCCCUUUGGCAAGUUCCAAGGGAAGACGAUGACCAUCUGGGAGCUCAUCAACUCUGAAUACUUCACUGAGGACCAAAGGCGGGACCUGAUCCAGCAGUACAGGACUGGCAAGAUCACAGUGGAGAAGAUCAUCAAGAUUGUCAUCACGGUUGUGGAGGAAAGUGAGAAGAAGAGCCAGAUGUGCUUUGAGGGCCUGCGGGGCCCUGUGCCUGCUGCCGAGCUGCUGGAGAGCAAGAUCAUCAACAAGGACCUCUACAACCAGCUGCACCAGGGCAAGAAGUCCGUAAAGGAUGUGGCAGAGAUGGAGUCCGUACGGCAGUACCUGAAGGGCACAGAUGCCAUUGCUGGUGUCCUGGUGGAAUCUACGGGCCAGAAGCUCACCUUCUACGAGGCCCUGAAGAGAAACCUGCUGAGGCCAGAGGUUGCCCUGUCCCUGCUGGAGGCACAAGCUGCCACCGGCUACAUCAUUGACCCUGUGGGCAACAAGCUCUUCUCCGUGGACGAGGCAGUGAAGGCCGAGGUGGUGGGGCCAGAGUUCCACGAGAAGCUGCUGUCGGCGGAGAAGGCGGUGACUGGCUACAAGGAUCCCUACACAGGUCAGACGGUUUCCCUCUACCAAGCACUCCAGAAGGGCCUCAUCCCCAGCGACACUGGGCUCCGGCUGCUGGACGUCCAGCUUGCCACUGGUGGCAUCAUCGACCCCGUCAACAGCCACCGGCUCCCGCUUGAGGUCGCCUACAAGCGCGGCUACUUCGACCCAGAGAUAAACAAGGCUCUGACUGAGUUCCAAGAUGACGCCAAGGCUUUCUACUGUCCCAACACCCAGGAACAGCUCACCUACGCCCAGCUGCAGAAGAGCUGCCACCGCGACAAGCAGACUGGCCUGUGCCUGCUGCCCCUGUCUGACAAGGCAAUCCAGUCACAGCAGGAGGAGAUCUACACUGACAGCCAGGCCAAGGAGUGCUUUGACAAAGCUACCAUCGAGGUCCCGGUGGGCAGCAUGAAGGGCCAGACAAUGACCAUCUGGGAGCUGAUCCACUCUGAAUACUUCACAGAGGAGCACAGACGGGAGCUGCUCCGACAGUACAAGACCGGCAAAGUGACAAUCGAGAAGAUCAUCAAGAUUGUGAUCACCAUCAUCGAGGAGGCAGAGACCAAAAAGCAGGAGAAACUGACAUUCAGUGGUCUGCGGGCUCCGGUGCCAGCCAGCGAGCUGCUGGAGUCCUGCAUCAUCAGCAAAACCCAGUAUGAGCAGCUGAAGGAAGGCAAGAAAUCAGUGAAGGACCUCUCGGAGACAGAUGCAGUGAGGAGAUUUCUGCAUGGCAGCGACUGCAUCUCCGGUGUCUAUGUGGAGGCCACCAAGGAGAAGCUGAACAUCUAUGAGGCCAUGAGGAGGAACCUGCUGAGACCCAGCACUGCCGUGGUCCUCCUGGAGGCCCAGGCAGCCACUGGGUUCUUGAUCGACCCUGUGAAGAACCGUAAACUGUACGUCAAUGAGGCCGUGAAGGCUGGCAUUGUCGGGCCUGAGCUGCACGAGAAGCUGCUGUCGGCUGAGAAGGCUGUCACGGGCUACAAGGAUCCCUACUCAGGCGAUACCAUCUCCCUGUUCCAGGCCAUGAAGAAGGGGCUGAUUGUCAAGGAGCACGGCAUCCGCCUGCUGGAGGCCCAGAUCGCCACCGGCGGCAUCAUCGACCCUGUGCACAGCCAUCGCCUGCCCGUGGAGGUGGCCUACAAGCGUGGCUACUUCGACGAGGAGAUGAACCGGACCCUCUCCGACCCCACUGAUGACACCAAGGGCUUCUUCGACCCCAACACUCAGGAGAACCUCACCUACGUGCAGCUGAAGGAGAGGUGCAUCGAGGAUCCUGAGACGGGCCUGUACCUGCUGCCUCUGCGGGAGCCUGAGAAGCCAAAAGUGGUGGAAACCACUCACGUGUACACAGAAGCAGAGACACGGAAGGUGUUUGAGGAGACACAGGUGGACAUCCCUGUGGGCAGCCGGGCAGGCUCCACCAUGUCACUGUGGGAUGUCAUGCACUCAGACCUGCUGCCCGAGGAGCAGCGUAAACAUCUCAUGGAGGAGUUCCAGUCGGGCCGCGUGUCCAAGGAGCGCAUGAUCAUCAUUAUCAUCGAGAUCAUCGAGAAGACUGAGAUCAUCCGUCAGCAGAAUCUCACGUCCUAUGACUACGUCCGGCGCCGCAUCACAGCUGAGGACCUCUACGAGGCCAAGAUCAUCACACAGGACAUCUACAAUCUGCUGAAACAGGGCUCCAAAACCUUCCGGGAGCUCCUGGAUGUGGAGACUGUCUGGAAGUACCUUUACGGGUCGGGCUGUGUGGCUGGCAUCUACAUCCCCUCCUCCAAGCAGACUCUCAGUGUGUACCAGGCGCUGAAGAAGGGCCUGAUCAAUUCUGAAGUGGCCCGCUCCCUCCUGGAGGCCCAGGCAGCCACUGGCUUCAUGAUCGACCCCACAAAGAACGAAAUGCUGACUGUUGAUGAGGCAGUCAGGAAGGGCGUGGUGGGGCCAGAGAUCCACGACCGGCUCCUGUCGGCAGAGAGGGCUGUGACUGGCUACAGAGACCCCUACAGUGAACAGAAGAUUUCCCUCUUCCAGGCCAUGAAGAAGGAUCUCAUUCCCAGCGAAGAGGCCCUCAAGCUCCUAGAUGCCCAGAUCGCCACCGGCGGCAUCAUUGACCCACACUUGGGCUUCCACCUGCCCUUGGAGGUGGCUCUCCAGCGGGGCUUCAUCAACAAGGAGACGUACGACAUGCUGUCGGAGCCCAGCGAGGUGCGCAGCUACGUGGACCCCUCCACAGAUGAGAAGCUCAGCUACACGCAGCUGCUGAAGCGGUGCCGCAAGGACGAGAACUCCCGGCUCCUCCUGCUCCCGCUCUGUGACACACGGAAGCUCACCUUCCGGGGCCUGAGGAAGCAGAUCACGGUGGAGGAGCUGGUCCUUUCGAAGGUGAUGGAUGAAGCCACAGCCCAGCGCCUCCAGGAGGGUCUCACCUCUGUCGAGGAGGUCUCUAAGAACUUGAAGAAGUUCCUGGAAGGCACCAGCUGCAUCGCUGGCGUAUUUGUGGACUCCACAAAGGAGCGUCUAUCCAUCUACCAGGCCAUGAAGAAGGGGAUCAUCCGGCCCGGCACCGCCUUCGAGCUCCUGGAGGCACAGGCAGCCACAGGCUACGUGAUUGACCCCAUCAAGGGCCUCAAGCUGACAGUGGAGGAAGCUGUGCGCAUGGGCAUUGUGGGCCCUGAGUUCAAGGACAAGCUGCUCUCUGCCGAGCGGGCCGUCACCGGCUACCGGGACCCCUACACUGGAAAGCUCAUCUCCCUCUUCCAGGCUAUGAAGAAGGGUCUGAUCCUGAAGGACCAUGGGAUCCGCCUGCUGGAGGCACAGAUCGCCACGGGAGGCAUCAUUGACCCCGAGGAGAGCCACCGCCUGCCUGUGGAGGUGGCCUACAAGAGGGGCCUCUUUGACGAGGAGAUGAAUGAGAUCCUGCUGGACCCUAGUGAUGACACCAAGGGCUUCUUCGACCCCAACACAGAGGAGAACCUCACCUACCUGCAGCUCAUGGAGCGGUGCAUCACGGACCCAGAGACCGGCCUCUGCCUCCUGCCUCUGAAGGAGAAGAAGCGGGAGAGGAAGACGUCCUCCAAGUCCUCCGUCCGCAAGCGCCGGGUGGUGAUUGUUGACCCAGAGACAGGCAAGGAGAUGUCCGUGUACGAAGCCUAUCGCAAAGGCCUCAUUGACCACCAGACUUACCUGGAGCUGUCAGAGCAGGAGUGCGAGUGGGAGGAGAUCACCACCUCCUCCUCCGAUGGCGUGGUGAAGUCAAUGAUCAUUGACAGGCGCUCGGGGCGCCAGUAUGACAUCGAUGAUGCCAUUGGCAAGGGUCUGAUUGACCAGUCAGCCCUGGACCAGUACCGCUCGGGCACCCUCUCCAUCACCGAGUUUGCCGACAUGCUCUCUGGCAACAUGGGUGGCUUCCGGUCGCGGUCGUCCUCGGUUGGAUCCUCCUCCUCCUACACCGCCAGCCCAGCCCUGUCACGGACCCAGAUCUCCAUGUGGACUGACCCAACCGAAGAGACUGGGCCAGUGGCAGGCAUCCUGGACACGGACACUCUGGAGAAGGUGUCCAUCACGGAGGCGAUGCGCCGCAACCUGGUGGACAACAUCACAGGGCAGCGGCUGCUGGAAGCCCAGGCCUGCACCGGGGGCAUCAUCGACCCCAACACCGGUGACAAAUGCACCGUUGCCGAUGCGGUCGCCAAGGGCCUGGUUGACAAGAUCAUGGUGGACCGCAUCAACCUGGCGCAGAAGGCCUUCUACGGCUUUGAGGACCCGCGGACCAAGACGAAGAUGUCGGCGGCACAGGCCCUGAAGAAGGGCUGGCUCUACUACGAGGCUGGACAGCGGUUCCUGGAGGUGCAGUACUUGACAGGGGGCCUGAUCGAGCCCGAUGCCCCAGGCCGUGUCUCCCUGGAUGACGCGCUGCAGAAGGGCACUAUUGAUGCGCGGACUGCCCAGAAGCUGCGGGAUGUCAACACCUACUCCAAGUACCUCACCUGCCCCAAGACCAAGCUCAAGAUCUCCUACAAGGACGCCAUGGACCGGAGCAUGAUCGAGGAUGGGACCGGCCUGCGGCUGCUGGAGGCCUCCUCCCAAUCCAGCAAGGGCUACUAUAGCCCCUACAACAUCAGCAGUGCCGGCUCCACCUCUGGAUCGCGCUCGGGCUCUCGCACCGGCUCCCGCUCAGGCUCCCGGCGCGGCAGUUUUGACGCCACUGGCUCCAGCUUCUCCAUGACCUUCUCUUCCUCCUCCUACUCCUCCUCGAGUUUCGGGCGCAGAUACACGGGGGUUACCCAGGGCACCGUGGAGGAGGCUGCCCUUGCCCUCGCCCUGGCCGCAUCCAGAAGCUGUGGGUGGGAGGCGAGCAGGGAGUGCCCCGGGGUGUCUGUGCCCCUGCUCCACAUGCCCCUGCAUCCCAAAGGAGGAGACUGCCUUGGCCCUGUGGUGCACCCCACUGCAACCAAUGUGCCAGAGGAGGACAUCACCAGCUCCUUGGCACUGGACAGCCAGACACACCACACCAGCCCUGAAGCUGCUGCCUGGACCCCUUCCACGUGCCCCCAGUGCAGCGAGGAGGGGGCUCGGCACCCCAGCCCCCUGAGCUGCCCCACCUCCCUGCCUCAGCCUCCUGGCACGUCCCCACCACCACGUUGCAGAGCUGGUGCCCUGACCACGUCUUUUUCCAGUCCCAACAAAGACCUCCCAGUGCCACUGGGUGAGCUCCUGAGCUGGGUCUCCGACAUCAGCAGGUCGUGGACGGGCUCGAGGGGAGCCCUGGAGGCGGCAGCUGCUCAGCCGUGCCCACCUCCGCAGUGUGGCUGGAUGUCCAUACCACUUCCCCUCAUCGCCGCCAUGGAGCCCGUCCCCCACCCUGAGGCCGCUUCGUGCCAUGGGCUGUAUGGGCUGCUGCAGGUCAUGGUGAAGUAUGUCAAGAUGUUCCCUGCUCCCCCAGAUAUUCCUUGCUUACCCCUCAACUUCCUGACUCUCCCCCAGGUCCCUUCAGCACCGAGCGCCGGCAGUGACCCGGCCAAACUCGUCACCAUGGAGAACUCCACGAUUUUCCCCAUUUUAAUGCCCUGCAUGUCACCCUGCCCUGCUGCUGUGGAGGCUGGAGAGAACCCUCCCCGCCUCCCCGAGUUAAACCAUCCCUCAGAACCGCGGUGGCACAGGAGACACCGAGCGCCUCCUCGGCCGUGCAGGGGUCCCUCGCCCCCCGCCCGCGUUCACCCACCGCCCUUCGGGGUGCACCGUGCAGUGGGGGACACCGGAGAUGGUGUGGAGGGCUUGCCGUGGGACAGGGAGGAGCUGGAGAGAGCCUGCCUGCGCUCCGAGCAGAGGCUGGAGGUGCAGGAGCAGCUGCUCGCCCUGCGGCACUGGCUGGACGCCGUGGAGAAGCGGCUGCUGGCGCUGCCAGAGCCCGGCACGGCCCUGCAGGGAGGAAGGCACCUGGCCACAGCUGGCUGGGAGAGCCUGCAGCACAGCCCUGCAGCCAUCCAGGGCGCGGAGCCGCAGCGGCAGCAGCAGCGCAGUGGGGGCUGCCGGCCGCCCCCUCCUCGCCGCCCCUCGCCGGCUCCUUUUGUUGGAGGCCUGGCCGGCACACGGGCUCCCUCGGCACACAUGACGGCACAAACUGAAAGGGCCAUUCAUCGCGGCCCCGGCGCAGACAAAGCCGAGGCCGCACAGAAACCCACCCGGCUCCCGGGAUCUGAGGCUGUGCAUUCCAGCCGCCCGCUCCCGCCCGGUGCCCCGCGCCGGGCUCCGCUGCCCGGGGCGCCCGUGCCACCCCGAGCCCGGUACCUGGGGCUGCGGAGCGUGCCGGGCGAGCUGCCGGCGGCCGCGGGGGACGGGGGUGGCGAGAGGCUCGGAGCUGCAUCCUCACCCCCUGCCCAGCUUCUGCCUGGCAGGUCCCGGCCGGGCUCUGUGAGUGCUGUGGGGUGCCCGCAGUACCGUGGGGUCAGACCCCGCUGGGUGCCCAGCCCCCCGGUGCCAGCAGCACAAGGCUCCAGAGCCGUGCGGGGAGGAAGAGGAUGCCGAGCUGCUGCAGGACGCUGCGGAGCCGCCGAGGCCCCGGCAGAUGCUAAUUCCCGGCAGCGUCUCUGGCAGCAGACAAAGCCCCCGGCCCCGCCGCCCGCCGCUCCCAGGAGACCCCAGGGAGCCCCAUCCAUCAGCGUGGCCGACGCGCCGGCAGCGGCCCCCCGGCUCCCGGGGCCCAGCGAGGGGCACCAUGCCGGUGAGAGCACAGCGCCGGUGUUAGUGCCAGUGCCGGUGUUAGUGCUGGUGCUGGUGCCAGUGCUGGUGUCGGUACAGGUGCUGGAGCAGGCACCGGUGUUAGUGCCGGUGCCGGUGCCGGUACAGGUGCUGAGGCAGGUGCAGGGGCAGCAGCAGCAGCAGGUGUUAGUGCCUAUGCCGGUGCUGGUGUCGGAGCAGGUGCCGGUGUCGGUACAGGUGCCGGUGUUAGUGCCGGUGGGAGCACGGUGCCAGAGUGCCAGUGAGAGCACGGUGCCGGAGCAGGUUUCGGUGUCGGUGCAGGUGCCGGGGCAGCCCGGGGCGCGGGCUCUCGCCCCCCCGGGCGGCGCGGGGCGGGCGGAGGGCCGGCACCGCCCCUCCCCCGCGGGAUGGCUGCGGGGCCCCGGGGGUUUCCCCGCCCCGCCGAGCCCGGCGCUGCCGGUGCCAGGGUCUCCGCCCGGUGCCCCCGCGCUCCCCCCGCGCCGCGGGCGCGGCGCACAAAGGCGGCGGGGCCGGGGCGGCGGUAACGGGGACCGAGACUCCCCCCGCCGCCUCCGCCCCGCUCCCCCGCGCGGGCCGGGCCCCCCCGGAGUGGUAACGGCGGCGGCGGCGCCCCCGGCCCGGCCCCAUGGACGCCCGAAGCCGCCGAGGGGUGAGUGCGGGGCGGGGGCUCCGGGGCCGCGGCGUGCGCGGGGCCGGGCGGGGUCGGUGUCCCGAGGCUCGGGGUCUCCCCGGGUCACCCCGCGCACCCGCGCAGCCCCCGGACGCGCGGGGGUUGCGGUGGAGUGGGAGUGCGGUGACCCGCGGGGCUGCACCCACCGGGACCGUGCCGUGGGUGUGGGCCGGGAUUUGAGGCGGGGGCCCGGCGCCCGCGCCAUGGGGAACUCGGUGAGCCGGCCCAGCUGCCUGGGCGAGAAGAGCCGGCGACCGGAGGAGCUCCUGCGGGAGCCGGGGCUGGACGCGGGGCAGCCACCCGCAGGAGGCGUCGCGGAGGCCUGGCCGGUGCUGCUGGAGAAGGCGGCGCUGCCGGUGGAGAAUGGCUGGAGCCCGGGGCCCGGUGUCGCCCGGAGCCGGCCGGGCAGCCCGGUGCUGAGGCGCAGCCAGUCCGAGGUGGCCGUGCAGAACGGGGGUGCGGCUGCAGUGCGGGGACAGGUGGGGGGCGCGACCUGGACCCCCCCCCGGGCCGGCGCUCCCCGCAGCACCUGGUCCUGGAAGCCCGUCACCACCCGGGAGGUGACCGAGGUGACGGAGGUGACCGAGACCAUCGUGACGGAGAUCGUGGAGGUGACCGAGUACCCGGCGGGUGACAAGGGUGGCGAGCCCGUGGUCACCCGCACGGUCACCGUGCUGACAGAGUGCGUGGGGGAGCUCGCUGCUGCUGCUGGACACACGGAUGGCACCGAGGUGUCCUCACGGGCUGUGCCCGUCCCAGAGGAGGCAGCAGAGAGGGGCCAGGAGACGCUGGAGCGGCUGCUGGCCUGGGUGGCAGACAUGGAGGAGCUGGUGAGCAACCAGAAGCCGCCGUCGGCGGAGGCCAAGGUGGUGAAGGCGCAGCUGGAGGAGCAGAAGCUCCUGAAGCGCCUGCUGGAGGAGCGGAGGCCACGUGUGGAGCUUGUCCUGCAGGACAGACUGACGGCACCCGAGGGCAGUGCCAGCCUCUUCAGCCUCGGGGAGAGGUGGGACAAGCUGAUGCAGGAGGCUGAAGCCAGGUACGGCUGCCUGGAGCGGAUCCUGCCGGCAGCCCAGGGCUUCCAGGAGGCCGUGGAUGCCUUCCAGGAGUGGCUCGGCACCACAGAGAGGCAGCUGGCCCAGCUCUGGCGUGCUGAUGGCUGUGUGGGCCGCGUGCAGGACGCCCACCAGCAGACCCAGGCCCUCUGUGAGGAGAUCCGCGGGCGGCUGAGUGAGCUGGAUCGGGCCCUGGAGAGCGGGCAGCGCGUCCUGGAGCUGGUGACAGGGGAGGAGGCCCAGCUGACGCAGGAGAAGAUGGAGUCACUGAGGAUGCGCUACCUCAUCGUGGGCCAGAGCAGCGCUGACACCGCUCACCGGCUGGGGCAGACCCUGGAGGCCUCGUCUCGCCUGGGCACGGCCCCUGAGGACCUGGCACUGUGGCUGAGCCGCAUGGAGAAGGAGCUGGGCGAGCAGGAGAGCCAGCAGGAUGGACAGGAGCCCUCGGUCACUGCCAGUGACAGGGAGAAGUUUGAGCAGGUCCUGGAGUCCCAGCUCAGCCGCGUGGCCGGGCUGGGUGAGCGGCUGGAGGAGAUCGGUCACGUGCAGCUGGAUGCUGAGGCUCUCCGCUUGCAGCUCUCCGAGCAGAAGCUGCUCUCUGCUGAGAUCCUGCACUGCCGGGGCCUGGUUGAGCGUCUGCUGGGCUUCUCGGAGCCGCUGCUGCGCUGUUGCCCUGAGCCCCUGAGGCAGCGCCUUCAGCCGUCGGUGCAGGCGCUGCGGGAGCGCACGGAGCAGCUGUCCCUGCGCAGCGGCGCCUGUGCCGUGCAGCUGGAGCACGCCCAGUCCCUGCUCACCCAGUUCUCUGAGGCCCUCGAGGAGCUGCUGCCCUGGCUGGAGGAGACGCAGGCCCUGGGGGUGCAGCUGUCGCCCAACGCCAUCAGCUACGAGGCCUUCAAGGAGCAGCAGGCGCUGCUGCAGAGCCUGCGGGAGGCCAUCGCCGAGCACCGGCCGCUGGUGGGGAAGCUGCAGCGUGUGUCGGCACAGCUGCUGGAGCUGAGCCCCGAGCAGGGAACCCCAUUCCAGCGGCGCUGGCAGGAGCUGGAGGAGCAGUACGGCCACAUCCGCGAGCGCGUGCGCCAGGCGGCGGCUCUGCUGGAGGAUGCCCUGCCACGAUACAGCCAGCUGUCAGAGCGCAUGGACCUGCUGCUGGAGUGCCUGGAGCGGCUGCAGAGCCGGCUGCAGAGCCAGCCCCCUGUCCGUGGCGACGCGGCCCAUCUGAGGGAGCAGAUCCGGGAGAACAGCCUGGCCCUGGGCGAGCUGGAGAAGCUCGGGGUGGCCCUGGAGGGGAUCCGAGCACAGGGAGAGGAGCUGCUGGCCACCGUGCAGGCAGUCAGCUCCGACGCCGCGGACAGAGGGAUCCAGGAGCGCAGCGAGCAGCUGCUGUCACUGUGGGGCUGCCUGCACGGCCGCUGCCAGGAGCGGGAGCGGUGGCUUCGGGAGCUGCUGGCACUGGCCGAGCGCUUCUGGCAUGGCCUGUCUGAGCUGGCCGUGGCACUCAGUGACACCCAGCAGCUGGUGCUGGGCCUGGAGGAGGCUGGCAGCGAGCCUGAGGCCAUCCGCACGCGGCUGCGCACUAUGCAGGCUCUGCGGGAGGACAUCGACGCGCUGCAGGGUGAGCUGGACACGCUGGGCAGCUUGGGCGUGGAGCUGAUGGCGUCCUGUGGGGACCCUGACAAACCUGAUGUCACCAAGAGCCUGGACGAUCUCUACUCCUCCUGGCACAGCCUGAGCCGGGUGUGGACGGAGCGGAACGGGCGCCUCGAGGAGCAGCUCCAGGCCGCCCUCAGCUACCAGGACACCAUGCAGCGGCUCCUGGAGUGGCUGGACGCGGCCGAGCUGCGCAUCGCCGAGGAGUUCCUGGUGGGCGGUGACCUGGACAUGGUGCAGCAGCAGCUGGCCGAGCUCAAGGAGUUCAAGCGGGAGCUGUACCAGUGCAAGGUGGACGUGGAGAGCCUGCGGCACCAGGGGGGCACGGGGCAGGGGGAGCCCCCGGCCACGCUCUGCGACUUCCGUCAGCGCUGGGACCACCUGGAGGAGGAGAUUGUCAGCAGACAGCACCAGCUGGAGGCAGCACUGCUGGGGCUGGGGCAGUUCCACACGCAGCUGGCCGAGCUGCUGCAGUGGCUGAGCCGCACCGGGGAGCAGCUGCGCGGCCCCGCGCCCCUGCGGCCCGACCUGCAGAGCUGCGAGAUCGAGCUGGCCAAGCACAAGGUGCUGCGCACCGACGUGAUGUCGCACGCCCGCACGGUGCAGUCGGUGACCGAGGCCGGGCAGGGGCUGCUGCUCUCCAGCCUGGGUGAGAGCGUGGAGGGGCUGCAGCGCAGCCUGCAGCAGCUGGAGCAGCACUGGGAGCUGGUGCGCAGCGAGACCGAGAGCCGGCAGCUGGAGCUGGAGAACAACCUCAGCCAGGUGCAGGACAUCACGCUGGAGAUCACAGAGCUGCUGCAGUGGCUGGAGCAGGUGGAGCUGCAGCUCUUCUGCUCCAAGCCGGCCUGGGGCCACCCUGAUGCCACCAAAGAGAAGCUGAACGCACACCUGGAGCUGUGCCGGGAGCUGGAGGUGCGGGCCGGUUCCUACCGGGGGCUGCGGGAGCGGCUGCAGCGGCUGCUGGACUCGUGCCGCGCCGGCCGGCCCUGCAGCACCGAGCACAGCCUGCGCCUGCUGGAGCAGAAGUGGGACAGCGUCCAGGCCGAGGCCCAGGAGAGGAAGGAGCGCCUGGCCGAGGGGCUGACGGUCAGCACCGAGUUCCACGGCUCGGCGCAGGAGCUGCUGCGCUGGGUGGCCCACGCCGAGGAGCUGCUGGGGUCCCCCGCGCCCCCCAGCUUCGUCCUGGACACCGUCACCGCGCAGAUCCAGGAGCACAAGGCCCUGGUGAAGGAGGCGAACGCACACGGAGAGAAGCUGGGCGGCCUGGAGGCCGUGGCCGCGCGCCUCAAGGAUUUCAGUCGGAAGCAGGACGGGGCCGUCAUCCAGAACCUGGUGCUGGCAGCCCGGGAGAGGCUGGGCAAGGUCCUGCAGCGGGCAGCAGAGAGGGGAGCUGUACUGGAGGAGGCCCGGAAACGCAGCAAGCAGUUCAGCGAGUCCCGGCGGCUGCUCCUGGACUGGAUGGACGAGGUGGAGCAGAGCCUGGAGGAGCCUCAGGACGCAGCCACCAGCCAGGAGGAGAUCAAGUGCCAGCUGGCUGAGCACAAGGCGUUCCAGAAGGUGCUGCGGGCCAAGCGCCCGGUGUACGAGGCCACGCUGCGGAGCGGGCGGGCGCUGCGGGAGGGGGCGCGGCUGCCCCAGGACCUGCAGCCGCUGGAGGAGCUGCUGGGGGAGCUGAAGGAGCGCUGGGACGCGCUGUGCAGCCAUGCAGCGGAGAGGCAGCACAAGCUGGAGGAGAACCUGCUCUUCUCGGGCAAGUUCACGGACGCGCUGCAGGCGCUCAUGGACUGGCUGUACCGCGCCGAGCCGCAGCUCAGCGAGGACGCGCCCGUCGGGGGUGACCGCGACCUGGUCGGGGACCUCAUGGACAAGCACAAGGUGUUCCAGAAGGAGCUGGGCAAGCGCGCCAGCUGCAUCAAGACGCUGAAGCGCUCGGUGCGGGACCUGACGCGGGGCAGCAGCAGCGUGGACUCGCAGUGGCUGCAGCGGCAGGUGGAGGAGCUCAGCACCCGCUGGGACCUAGUCUGCAAACUCUCCCUGGCCAAGCAGGCCCGGCUGGAGGCGGCGCUGCGGCAGGCGGAGGAGUUCCACACCCUGGUGCACUCCUUCCUGGGGCGCCUGACGGAGUCGGAGAAGACGCUCAAGUACGGAGUGUUCCCCGAGGAGGAGGCGGCCGUGCAUGAGUGCCAGGCCCAGCUGCAGGAGCUGAUGCAGUCCCUGCAGUGCCAGCAGCUGGAGCUGGAGUGCAUCACCUCGCUGGGGGAGGAGAUCCUCAGCACCUGCCACCCCGACUCCGUCAUCACCAUCAAAUCCUGGGUCACGGUCGCCAAGAGCCGCUUCCAGGAGGUGCUGAGCUGGGCGCAGCAGCAGGGCGAGCGGCUGCGGGCGCAGGCGGCGGCGCUGGCGGCCGAGCGGGAGGACGCGGAGCAGCUGCUGGAGUGGAUCACGGCGGCCGAGGAGGCGCUGGGGCUGCGCGACCAGGAGCCGCUGCCCGAGGAGGCCGAGCCGCUGGAGGAGCUCAGCGCGCAGCACGCGGUGUUCAUGGAGGAGCUGAACCGCAAGCAGCCUGACGUAGAGAAGGUGACCAAGAGCUGCAAGCGGAAGCUGGCGGUGGACCUGGGCCCCCCGGCCACCCGCCGGCUGGCCACACGUCGCCGCAGCGGCGGGAAGGCGCAGGGCACGGCGGCGGCGCCGCUCGGGGCGCUGGAGCCCCAGACGCCGCUGAUGGCGCAGCUCCUGCACCGCUGGCAGCAGCUCUGGCUGCUGGCCCUGGACCGGCAGUACCGGCUGGAGACGGCCCUGCAGCGCCUGCGGGAGCUGGAGGAGUUCGCGCACUUUGACUUUGGGGUGUGGAGGAAGCGCUACAUGCAGUGGAUCAGCCAGAUGAAGUCACGCGUCCUGGACGUGUUCCGCGGCAUCGACAGGGACCAGGACGGGCGCAUCAGCCAGCGCGAGUUCAUCGAGAGUGUCCUGGCCUCCAAGUUCCCCACCAACGUGCUGGAGAUGAAUGCUGUGGCUACCAUCUUCGACAUGAAUGGCGACGGCUUCAUCGACUACUACGAGUUCGUCAGCGCCCUGCACCCCAACCGGGACCCACUGCGCCGCUCUGCUGAUGCUGACCAGAUCCAGGACGAGGUGAACCGGCAAGUGGCCCAGUGCAACUGCGCCAAGCGCUUCCAGGUGGAGCAGAUCAGCGCCAACAGGUACCGGUUUGGGGAGUCCCAGCAGCUGCGGAUGGUGCGGAUCCUGCGCAGCACCCUCAUGGUGCGGGUGGGCGGCGGCUGGAUUGCCCUCGACGAGUUCCUGGUGAAGAACGACCCCUGCAGAGUGAAGGGAAGGACCAACCUGAAGAUCAACGAGAAGUACCUGUCCUCAGACGUGUUCGGAGCCGCCGCCAGGUGCGCCGGGACCCAGUCGGCCGCCUCCUCCAAAGUGCUGUCCCCGAGCCGCUCCAACUCCAGCCUCAGCCUCUACAGCAGCGCCUCGGCCCCCAGCAGCCCCCUGGCCAGGAAGUCGGUGCUGCGGAGGACGCGCUCCGGGGACCGCUGUCCGCGCUCCCGGGGCUCGGGGCUGCCCGACGGAGCCGAGCUGCAGUUCAGCGCGGCUGAGGAGAGCCUGCCUGUGGCACCGCCAGAGCCGCCCGAAGGGUCCCCUCCGGAGCGCUGCAGCCCCUGCCGCUGAGCCCCGCGCCCGCCCUGCGCCCAGCACCCUCGGCCGGCCCCACUCAGGACCCUCCUGCACGGGGCCGCGCCCCCCGCGGGUCUCCGGCCCGGCGC